ACUUCACCAAUAGGUGGUGAUCAAAGCACACGUUUUCAAUAAAUAAUAUUAUAUAACAAUAUACUAAAGCACUAUUUUAUUAAAGCCAAUUAUGCUAAAGAAAUAGCACUAAAAAUAAUUUAUUACUUAUUGCAAAAUAAACAUCUGUAAAGAUGAUGACAAAAAUAAAAACGCAGGGCCUCGUGUCCGAUUUGAUGCCGAAUAUCAAAUUGAUGCAAUUGGCUGGACAUUUUCUAUUCAAUUAUCAUUCAGAUAAUUCCGGCAUGUCGAGCCUUCUACGGAAGGUCUACGCCAGCGUCCAUGCUAUUUUUAUCGUCGUCCAUUACGUCUGUAUGGCUGUUAACAUGGCCAAAUAUUCUGAUGAAGUGAACGAGCUCACGGCUAACACGAUUACAGUUCUCUUCUUUGCCCAUUCAAUCAUCAAGCUGGCUUUCUUCGCUAUCACAUCCAAGAACUUUUAUAGGACCUUGGCCGUGUGGAAUCAGUCGAAUAGUCACCCUUUAUUCAUUGAAUCCGAUGCUAGAUACCACCAACUCGCUCUCACAAAGAUGAGGAGACUUUUGUACUUCAUCUGCGGCAUGACAAUAUUUUCAGUUAUUUGUUGGGUCACCAUAACGUUCUUCGGUGAUUCAGUUCGUUUCCUAAUGGACAAAGAGACCAAUGAAACUCUCACAGAACCGGUGCCCAGGCUACCUCUCAAAGCAUGGUAUCCAUUUGACGCCAUGAGUGGUACUAUGUACAUCGUCGCGUUUGUUUUUCAAAUUUACUGGCUUCUCUUCUCAAUGGCAAUUGCGAAUCUAAUGGACGUGAUGUUCUGUUCAUGGCUGAUCUUUGCAUGUGAACAGCUGCAACACCUCAAAGCUAUUAUGAAGCCUUUAAUGGAACUGAGUGCUUCAUUAGAUACUUACAGGCCAAAUACAGCUGAUCUAUUUAAAGUAUCGUCUUCAGAAAAAUCUGAAAAGAUCCCAGAUCCUAUUGACAUGGAUAUACGAGGCAUUUAUUCGACUCAACAAGAUUUUGGUAUGACGCUUCGCGGCGCUGGUGGAAGGCUUCAGACUUUUGGACAGCAAAAUUUUAAUAAUCCAAACGGUUUGUCCCAAAAACAGGAGAUGUUAGCGCGCUCAGCGAUCAAAUAUUGGGUCGAACGGCACAAGCAUAUUGUGAGAUUAGUGUCGUCUAUUGGGGACACGUAUGGUACGGCUCUUCUUUUCCAUAUGUUGGUGUCGACUAUUACUUUAACGUUAUUGGCUUAUCAAGCUACAAAGGUGGACGGUUUGAAUGUGUACGCCUUCAGUACUGUUGGUUAUUUGAGCUAUACUCUCGGGCAAGUGUUUCAUUUCUGCAUUUUCGGCAACAGACUCAUUGAAGAGAGUUCAUCUGUAAUGGAAGCCGCUUACUCAUGUCAGUGGUACGAUGGUUCAGAGGAAGCUAAGACGUUCGUGCAGAUUGUCUGUCAGCAGUGUCAGAAGGCCAUGAGCAUUUCUGGCGCCAAGUUCUUCACAGUGUCUCUGGAUCUGUUUGCUUCUGUACUCGGUGCAGUGGUUACUUACUUCAUGGUUUUGGUGCAACUAAAAUAAAUUUAAAAAUAGUCGACAU